GCGUUCGGCUGUCCAUAUGCCGAGGCUGAUCGGCGCCGAACAACCGCGCACCUCGUCUAAAGACCAUUGACUUUGGAACGUCAUGUGAGGGGUGUAGAGUGCCAAGUUCGUCAAAAGUGUGGUGUUUGGUCCGGAGGAUAGAAGAUCGCGAAUGGAAGGAGUCUUACGAGUGCAGAAGGAGUGAUGUGGCUUCACAUAUAGAAAGCUUGAUCUUUCGGUCCAGCGGCGCGAGACAUACACCAUCGCAGCCAGUGGACUUGCGAUGCUGGCGUGAUUUGACACGCGUUCUGCUAUUCCCGUCGUCUCUAGAGACAUCUAUGCAUAAUUUCAGUCUUCGCUAUGCCAAAAAUUCUAAUUUUCAGUCAUCUCUCAAUAUGUCUAGUCCGUUCCUUCAUCCCUCCCGCACACGACAUCAAAGCGCGAAAGGAAACACCCAACAAUCGCAAUCUUCAUCAACCGCCUGCCCGUCAAGCACACGAGACCUUUCUUCCUAGCAAGCCCUUCUCAUCUAUAGAUCUCUCCCUACCGUACCCUAUUCUUCCCUUUUCUCCACAUCGACUACUCCCAUCAACACACAUCUCUGGGGUGUGCAUUACACCAGCGCUAUGACCAGGACCGUCGGAAGCCCAAAGGGUGAGCACGGUAGUAAAAGCUCAUGGCGGGAAGCUCUUGACAGACCCGGUUGGCAGAGCGGUGGGGCUACUGACACAACUGCGAGCUUAUGGUGGUUCUCAGAGAAGAACGGUUGAUUGCCAACAUCAUUCGUGGAAGCUGCGUCAAGAUAAGAAGGCUGGGAUAAGACUCCUCCCAAAGUUGGAGCUUCUUAACGGAAGCGGUUGGAGGAGCGGUGGGACCCUCAAUAUUCGAUUCUUUUCGUUGGUUACCUUGACUUGUCUGGGGCACUGAAGAAGAGAGAGCGGUUGCGUUAAUGUACAGCGUUGUCGAUGUAAGGGAUGUCCACGUAGCGAAUACAAACAAGGAAGAGGAGU